CCACUAUCCAGUUACGACCACUUUACGAUUUUGCUUUUUUCGCUCUUCCGUUUCCGUUAUGUCCCUCAGCUCUCCAGAACCUCCUUUCAUGCCUAGACCAGAAUUCAUUCGUCACCACAAAUCACCACCCAGUUCUUUUGCCUUGCUCACCUUCUCAGGUCCAAAUUGCAUCAGGCUCUACUCGUUUUCGUUAGAAGUAAUUGCCACUUUACGUCGCUUCCUGGAUCAACGUGUCAUAGUUCAAGGUAUUCGCGAGGACGCCGACAACAAUCUGUACGAGUUUGCGCUUGAUGGGAAGCCUUGGUCCAGUCCCAAAAACCUCGCCACAGAGAGGUUCCUCGUAAACUUACUGGCCGUCCUUUACCACUGUGGAUACAAUUAUCAGUCAACAAUUGACUAUGGCCGUGAACCCGAUGAUCGUUUGGCAAUCACAUUCUCGUGUCCAGUAAUCCCAUCUGAUGCACCUCUUACGCACACUCCCACUCCUCAAGGCUCGGGAAGUAUCUUGUCUGAGAAGCAGAAGUUCUACAGGGUUCCGUUUGCCCUUUCUUUUCCCUCUUCCACCAUCCUACGCGUUAUCAACCCGCCCCUUCAUUCAACGCCAGCAAUUCUCCAGGCUGUACGAAGCUCAUGGCCUCGCGGGGUGGAAUCCGAAAAGAAAGUAGGAGAUAAUUGUUUUGAGUUCAAGCUCAAAGGAUACAAAUGGUUUCAGGAAGACACAUUUGCUGCUGAUUCUCUUCGACAUAUAUUAUCACUUCUUUCAUCACUAGACGCCCAUUCCUUUACCCUUCAGACAUCUCUAUCAUUAACUAGCAGGUCCCGCGUCAAGGACCUUUGGAUCUUCACCGGUCCCCCCUCAUCUGUACUAGAUGAUGCUCCGCUCCCUGAUUCAGCGUCUCAUUCUCUAUCCAGCUCCUCCCAAACCGCUCUGAGAUGCAAAAUGCCUACUCCGGAAACAGUGGCUACUAACUCGCAUAAGAAAUUAGUUACGGAGCCACUUCUCGAGACAAUACCUCUGUCUCCAUCCCAGGCCCCUCACCAGCGUGCGAUGACUGACCAACCAAACUGUGGCGACUUGAGUCCGUGGACUGCAACGCCGCCGUCACCACACAGCCCUUCACCUUCGGUUUCAAAUCUGCUCCGAAAGGCGGCACCUAGGGCACAAGUCCCCGUCUCGGUGCACGAUGGCGACCCUCCUAAUGGGACGGAGUAUCGUGCGGUGCUUCCAAGUGUCAUUCCCGAAGGAGUACCAGAUAUGACAGGUAUUGGGACGACCCCAGACGUGUUAUAUUCCACGUCGCCUUUUGGGGUGGCAGAAGUUGAGAAGCAGCCUUCUUCCCUUCACCAUAGGAUACAGACACCUCCGCUUCAUUCUCCACCCAAGACACCUCCGCUAGCCACUUCUCCUUCUCCUACUCACACCUCGUCUCCUUCUCGCAAUGCUUCCCCAUCUUCUCCUCCCGAUCACGAACGCGAAGGGAACUUGAACCCCGAUCCCGAACAUAAUCUUGACGGACCAUUGCUCUCUCCCGGUACAUUCAGAGAUUCGGCGUUCUCUUCGAGUACAGAAAUGAGCAAGGAAAUACCCAUCAAAUGGACUGGACGUGAUCUUGAGGCUCUGAAUACUGGCGACAAACGCCCUUCCCAGCCCGAUCGGAUGUCUUCGGUUGGACCAAUACUACCUGGUGGUUGGCAGCCGUCGCCCGUGGAGGAGAAAGAAAUGACUCCACGGUCUCCUGAACCUGAGAUCAAGGAUACUGAAGAGCACUUGGAACUCAAACAAAACGUUCGAGUGGCUUCACCAGAAUUUAACGAUCCUCCUGAACAGCAACUCCGACGAAGCGAAGCAGCCUGGAUGGGCGUGAUAUCUCCGAAUGACCAACCAGCCUUACCUCCUCUUGAAUCAGACAUCUCGCGGGGUAAACAGCGUCAAGAGAGCUCGGGUUCCAGUACGGGACAAGGUUGGGUUUUAGUCAAUGUUGAAGGAAAGGGUUCUGCCAUCAGCCCCACGACAGAGACAUCGAAAGAUGCUGUAGGCGUAAGCCCAGGUUCUCAAUCCUCUUCAUCUCCGUACAUCCCUGGGCCCGAAGUAGACGGUGGACACGUCAAGCAGCCGACAUCUGCAAAUGCGUCUAUGUCACCUGCCGCAAAAACUAUCGUGAUUAUUGACGCAGUGGACGGAAAGAAAUCGAAGCAGACGAAGGAAUCCCCCAGUGCCUCACGAGUACGUCGAUUCUUUUCACUUAGCCGGAAAGAUUCGCCCAAGCUCGCAGAAAAGUUAGCUCAGAACGGCCCGUCCUCUUCUGGGACGGAGACCGUAAGAAAUAGAAGUCGGUCAGCUUUUGGGCAGCGGUUAAGGCGCAUAGGGACCCCAGAGGCCACUCGUAACGAGGAGAAUAGACGGAGCUUUGAUUGAUCCUCAAUCUGCGCAGACUUCAACUCUGAGGACAUUGACUAUACCAUUGAACUAUUUGGAUUUGUCCAUAUGCAUACACUUUCUCGCUUCAUGUUAUGGUUGGUGGGUAUCUAUCUAUCGAUAUAUCACGACUAGAACAUAUCCGUAUUAUAGCUUACAUUACCUAUUUCAAUGUCGUCACGCUCACGUGAAGAUGUCACACGUGGCCUCGCCGAACUGAGUCGGUAG